AUGCCCUUUUCAGCACAAACUGGGGACGAGAUCAAGAGCAUAGUAGAAAAUGCAGUAGCGACAGACUCCAACCCAGUUCCUGGCGCGACUGUGGUCGUUGUCGACCGUACCGGCGCCGAGCAAUUUGCUUACUCUGCAGGGAAAAGAGGAAUAUCUUCCGGAGAGCCCAUGACCCUGGACAAUGUAUUUUGGGUUGCCUCAUGCACCAAGAUGAUAGUCGGUGUUGCGUGCAUGCAGUUGGUCGAGAGGGGACUGCUUAAGUUGGAUGAUUCGCAACAGCUCGAGAAAUUAUGCCCAGAACUGGCCGAUAUCAAAGUCCUUGGCGCGGAAGGGAAACUCGUCGAUAAGGUGCGGGGAAUCACUUUACGCAUGUUACUGACGCAUACGGCUGGGUUCGGAUACACUUUAUUCAAUACAAGACUCCGUGAUUGGAGUCUUCCAGCCGGGGUUGACGAGUUCUCGGGAAGCAUUCGAGACAUGGUCCAACCUCUCCUAUUUCAACCAGGGGAAGGGUGGGAAUACGGGGUUAAUCUUGACUGGGCCGGCAUCGCCCUUGAACGAGUCACAAACACUAGUCUCAACGAUUACAUACAGACCAACAUUUGUCAGCCAUUGGGACUUCAAAAUGUCAACAUGUUUCCAACACCCUCAAUGAAGGCACAGCUAGCCUACAUGCACCAUAGACGACCGGACGGCGAGAUUGUUGCCCGAGACCACCUUCUUCAUCGCCCGCUCAUUGUUCAGUCGGAAGAAGAAAUCCGUCAGUGCUUCAACAGCGGCGGCGCCGGCAUCUUUGCGAAACCACAGGAAUAUGGCCGUAUACUGUCAGUGUUCUUGAACGAUGGAACUUGCCCUAUAACCAAAGCGCAGAUAUUAAAGAAGGAGACGGUGGACGAGAUGUUUACGAACCAGAUAUCCAAGUUUCCCAACUUCUCCAGGCAAGGCCUUCGGGAUGCCAAGCCGGAGUUGACCAACAAUCUCCCCGAGCUCUACACGAUUCCCGGAAACCCGCCUCAAGGUUGGGGACUGACGUUUAUGAUCACCGGCGGAACAACCGGACGGUCCGAUGGUACGGCUUGGUGGGCGGGACUGCCAAACCUCUUCUGGUGGUGCGAUAGAGAAAACGGAGUGGCUGGCAUUGUGUGUUCUCAGAUUCUUCCAUUCGGGGACCCUGCCGUGUUCGGAUUAUGGUCCGAAGUCGAAGCCGCGGUCUACAGAGGACUCGGGAUUUCGGACAAGAUAGCGUAA